UGCAGGGAGGGGGGAGAUCAGACCAGGAUCCGCCCAGCACCUUGUUAGGAAUUGUUUCAUGGGUCUGUCCUGAGUGUCUGAUGAUGAUGUGUCUGGAAAGAUCCUGAUCUGCCUUGCUCUUCCCAUUCAUUAUCCGGAGGACAUGGCUCAAGCCAAGAUCCAAGCCAAAGCCUGCGAGGGGGCAAAUGGGGGCAAGUUCUCUCGAUCCAUGUCCAUGGCAGCUCGAUCCAGUCACCUGCUGGAGGCGUUAGAUGACCUGGAGAUCAGAGUCCAAGCCCUGCGUGAUUCAGCAUUGACCCUUGAACUGGAGAAAGAAAAUAUCAUAGAGGUCAUCCACAGUGUUCAGAACAGCCAGGAUAUGAGGAACAUCAGUGACGGAGAAAGAGAAGAACUAACAAUAACAGCACAGAGGCUGAUGGGUCGCGCAGUGACUGUAGAGGUGUGCGUGGAAACCAUAAGAAACCCUCAGCAAGCUGCAUCUCUGGAAAAAGCCACCAAGAUGAUUGAUGACAUUCUGAGGAAAGUCAUGGACAACAUGGAAAGUGGCAAGAACCAGCUGGUAUCUUUGCAUGGGGCAUGUAUUUCAGAAAUUCCUUUAGGUCCAGUAGAUCAGAAAUUCCAGUCCAUCAUUAUUGGAUGUGCUAUCGAGGACCAAAAGAAAAUUAAAAGGAGACUUGAGACACUUAUUAGGAACAUUGACAGCUCUGAGAAGUCCAUUACACUUCUGGAGAACCAGAAGCAGAAAUCAGCUAUUCAGCAGAAUAAAAUCUAACAUACAUUUGUCAAUUUCAUUUUGUCCACAGUGCACAAUACUGUAGAUUGAGAGCCAA